CCCCCCCAUCUCCUCCUCUGCUCCUCCCUGCCCUGCUCCCCCUCCCUUCCCCUGCACCCCCCAGCCGGCAGCAUGACUGUGAUAUCGGGGGAGAACGCAGAGGAGGCCUCGGCCACCCCGGGACACCCCCAGGAUGGCAGCGGAGACCCCCGACAGGUGGACCAUGAGGAGCACGAAUGCUGUGAGCGUGUGGUGAUCAACAUCUCCGGCCUGCGCUUCGAGACGCAGCUGAAGACCUUGGCCCAGUUCCCCAACACCCUGCUGGGCAACCCCAAAAAACGCAUGCGGUACUUCGACCCCCUGCGCAACGAGUACUUCUUCGAUCGCAACCGGCCCAGCUUCGACGCCAUCCUCUACUACUACCAGUCGGGGGGCCGCCUGCGCCGGCCCGUCAAUGUCCCCCUGGAUAUGUUCUCCGAGGAGAUCAAAUUUUACGAACUGGGGGAGGAGGCGAUGGAAAAGUUCCGGGAGGAUGAAGGCUUCAUCAAAGAAGAGGAGAGACCUCUGCCCGAAAAGGAAUACCAACGCCAGGUGUGGUUGCUCUUCGAGUACCCCGAGAGUUCGGGACCAGCCAGGGUGAUCGCCAUCGUGUCCGUCAUGGUUAUCUUAAUCUCCAUCGUCAUCUUCUGCCUGGAGACCCUCCCAGAGCUGAAGGAUGACAGGGACUUCUCGGGGCCCCUGCACAGAAUGGACAACACCACCGUCUACUACACCCCUAACAUCUUCACCGACCCUUUCUUCAUCGUAGAAACCCUGUGUAUCAUCUGGUUCUCCUUCGAGCUGGUGGUGCGCUUCUUCGCCUGCCCCAGCAAGACAGACUUCUUCAAGAACAUCAUGAACUUCAUCGACAUUGUGGCCAUCAUUCCUUACUUUAUCACCUUAGGCACAGAGAUAGCCGAGCAGGAAGGGAAUCAGAAAGGGGAGCAGGCCACGUCGCUGGCCAUCCUGAGGGUCAUCCGCUUAGUCAGGGUGUUCCGCAUCUUCAAGCUCUCCCGCCAUUCCAAGGGGCUGCAGAUCCUGGGCCAGACCCUGAAAGCUAGCAUGAGGGAGCUAGGCCUGCUCAUCUUCUUCCUCUUCAUCGGGGUCAUCCUCUUCUCUAGCGCGGUGUACUUUGCUGAGGCCGAGGAAGCUGAGUCUCAUUUUUCCAGUAUCCCCGACGCUUUCUGGUGGGCUGUGGUUUCUAUGACCACUGUGGGAUAUGGUGACAUGUACCCAGUGACAAUUGGAGGCAAGAUCGUGGGCUCCCUGUGUGCCAUCGCCGGUGUGCUGACAAUUGCCCUGCCUGUACCUGUCAUCGUGUCCAAUUUCAACUAUUUCUACCACCGGGAGACCGAGGGGGAGGAACAGGCUCAAUUACUCCACGUGAGUUCCCCAAACUUAGCCUCCCACAGUGACCUCAGCCGCCGCAGCUCCUCCACCUUUAGUAAGUCCGAGUACAUGGAGAUCGAAGAGGACUUGAACAAUAGCCUGGCCCCUUAUAGGCAGGACAAUAUCAGAACUGGCAACUGCACCCUAGCUAACCAAAACUGCGUGAAUAAGAGCAAGCUGCUGACCGAUGUGUAACAGCAC